UUAGCUCAGUCGUGCCAACGACGAGGUUGGAGUCGGAGUUGAGACUCGCGAUCGGAUACUCAAAACCCGGCCACACAGUCGCGCCCGAGCCACCCGGUAGAGCUUUUCGUCGCGAUCAAUCAAUUUUAUUUUCUCCCACAACGAAACAGUGAGCAUCAAAUAAACAAGAUAAAUAAACGGAUAAAGCAAUUGCAGCGUUACCGUAAUCGAGGUUUAUAUUGCAAACGACUUUGGAAACAACACCGUGGCGCGAAAGUACAAAAGAGAGUGGCUAUUUGGCAUAACGAAGAAGUGUGUGCUUUUGUACACCGGAAAUGAAGAGGAGUAGAUAAAGAAUAAAUAAAUCAUCGAUAAUCCAGGAAUCGUUUGUUGCGAUAUUGUUUUUCAUUGUCCGUUUUAUCGUUUGAACGAAGAACAAGCGUGUAGCUCGUGAAUAUUCGUGGACCAAAAAAUUAAUACGACAGAUGCCUGCUUGGCGUGUUCCUUCGUGCAUCAUCCAAAAGCUGCUCGAACCACUGUCUCCCCUCACCCUCUCCCUCUGCCUCCCUUCCUACGUACAACGAUAAUCGUUCGAACCUCGCGCGUGUGACCUCGCCGCGGGGGACAAGUCCAAGUUUCUUCGAGUACCGACUCUCACCGCGUAUACAUAUACACGCAUACAACUACAUAUUCGUACACCGGAGAUUCGUAAUUCACGUAUACACGGGUGUACGAGAAACAAAGAGGAAUUGGGAUCAAUAUUGUUUUAAACGAUAAGAAUUCUGCGAGUGUAAAUUACUAAACAGCCCGAAGAGAGAUAUCGCGAGGAAGAGAAACAAACAAAAGAAAAACGAAUUUUUUUUCCUUACGCCACGACGAAGAAGAAUGAGCAGCAGUGAUACGUUCGUGCAUAUAUUGUGAUAUAAAUCUUUGUACGUGUAUAUUCUUACACAUAUGCACACAAAUAUGUAUAUCCUACAUUAAUAACGUACAGUGUGCAACAGUGUACAAAUGAAUCAGCGAAUGACGUUUUUUUCGGUAUUUCGGACGAAGGAAUCUUUGUGACAAUAUUUCUUUCGAUCGUACGAUACUUUUCGUUUUUUUAUUUUCCCCUCCCUGUUGCGACGGUUGCGCGUGGAAAAAAAAGAAACGUCUCCGUUGUCCAAGAAUCGAACAAAUGUGCGACGAGCGCGCCAAGGGGGUGGAAAUAUUCGAGGAAUUCAAAGGAUAACACAAUACCAAGUGCCCCGAGGAGAGUGAAAAAUAAUAUAAAUAACGGGAAACGAAAAAAGGUGACGUUUUAUUUGGCUCCGUGAUUUAGAUAUGACAGGCUUGCUGCUUCGUAAAGGCCAAGGAUCGACGAUAACAAUACGUGCGCAUGUGUCCAGUGGGAUUUAAUAAUAAGACGCUCGUCGCGUAUCUGGAUACCUUGACGACGCCUGCAGCAGGUCUGCCCCAUGGUAGGAUGGCGCUGGCGCGACUUGCGGUGAGCGACUGUGCGCCUCAGACGUCGCGGGUCAGCUCGAAUCUGCACAGCAGCAGUAGCAUGGCAGUAAGCCGUGUACCGAGCCCUCCGCCACCCGAAGCAAACACCCCCGUUGCUGAAAAUUGGUGUUACACGCAGGUGAAGGUGGUCAAAUUCAGCUACAUGUGGACGAUAAACAACUUCAGCUUUUGUCGAGAAGAAAUGGGCGAAGUACUCAAAUCGUCGACGUUCUCGGCCGGAGCGAGCGACAAACUCAAAUGGUGCCUGAGAGUGAACCCGAAGGGUCUCGAUGAGGAGAGCAAGGAUUACUUGUCGCUUUACCUACUUCUCGUAUCAUGCAACAAAUCCGAAGUCAGAGCAAAGUUCAAAUUUUCAAUUCUCAAUGCCAAAAGGGAAGAAACCAAAGCUAUGGAGAGCCAACGAGCUUACAGGUUCGUGCAGGGAAAGGACUGGGGAUUCAAAAAAUUCAUACGAAGAGACUUUUUGCUUGACGAAGCGAAUGGAUUGUUGCCCGAUGACAAACUCACGAUAUUCUGUGAGGUGAGCGUCGUCGCCGAUUGUACCAACCAUCCGGGACAGAGUAAUACGACACCCUUCAAAGUACCCGAAUGUCGGCUACCCGAUGAUCUCGGGCUUUUGUUCGAGAGCCAAAAAUUCAGCGACGUCACACUUACCGUCUGCGGAAGGGAGUUUCAAGCGCACAAAGCGGUAUUAGCAGCUCGCAGUCCCGUAUUUUCGGCAAUGUUCGAACACGAGAUGGAGGAACGCAAACAAAAUCGUGUUGACAUUACCGACGUGGACCACGAAGUACUCAGGGAGAUGUUAAGAUUCAUAUACACGGGAACAGCGACAAAUCUCGAGAAAAUGGCGGACGAUCUUCUAGCAGCGGCGGACAAGUACGCCCUUGAGAGGCUCAAAAUAAUGUGCGAAGAAGCAUUAUGUGGAAGCCUCGCGAUAGAAAAUGCCGCGGAAAUAUUAAUACUUGCCGAUCUUCAUAGCGCCGAUCAAUUGAAAGCGCAAGCCAUAGAUUUCAUUAACACACAUGCGACGGACGUGAUGGAAACAUCGGGCUUCAAGUCGAUGGUAACCUCACAUCCCCACCUAAUAGCGGAGGCUUUCCGGGCGCUGGCGACCCAACAAAUACCACCGAUCGGUCCUCCCCGUAAACGUGUAAAACAGAGCUGAAAGCAAUCACCUCUUGCACCCGGCACGACGACGACCUCAUCGCCGCCUCAUCUCCAUCCCUCUUGAACUUUCGUGUACAGUGAUGAUCGAUUAGUGCUAAAAUAAAUGUGUUUCCUAGUGCGCCAAUAACUUUGUGUGUAUGCCAGUGUGUGCGAAUGUGUGGGUUUCGUUGAUUCGAACGUGCCCGAGGCAUGAAUAUUUGUGGACAAUAUAAUUACGUAUGAACUGAGCGAAAAAAAGGAAUAAUUAUGAAAAUGGAAGCAAACAAAGUAUAAGAAAAUGAUUAUAAAUGGGACAACAGUUUGAAACAAUAUUUUCAACCUCCUGGUUAUUCGGUUAUCGCGUCCUUCUCUCAACCCGUGCGCCAGAUUCUCGUGUUCAAUGGAAUAUCGGACAGUGCAAAAGUACGAAACAGGAAUCACGAUAAAGAAAACCGAGUCGUGGGUGUGAAACUGAAUUCUUGCAACGAAUCGUACGAAAUAUAUGAUAUCACUAUGCAUUUUUGCGACUUUAUAUGCAUGAUGAAUUAGUAAGAAAAACAGGACGUAAAAAUGGAAAAGGAAGAGAAAAAGAAACACCAAUGAAAAUGAAUUGAUCUCGAGAGAGCGCCCAUCUCAAAAGAAAUAAGUGCCCGGGCAAAGCAUCGCCGUGUUCACUAGUUUGCAUCAUCGGUCGUCAAGUUCUUCACCUAUCCACAAAUGACUUCGCUCGAGUGCAAACUCUCAGCUCGUUACACGAAUCGAAGAUGCUCGAAGAUGAAUAUAAUUCGGUUUUUUUUUUGUCAACCCACAAGACUUCGAGUACUUUGGUAAAUAUCAAAAAGGUUAAAAUAGAGAGAAGUGAAAAUAUCAGAUAUGAAAGAACUGGAAAGAGUUUGAUGUCGAACGCAGGAAGGAGAAAACUAGUUGGAAAAAGUGAGAACACAGUGUGACUGGAGAACAAAGGACCAAGACCGGAUCGGAGGCACACCAUGAUUGAUAACCGACACACAAAAAGUUGUGAUAAGAUGGUCGCUUGUAGGAGAAGAGGGAAAAAUAGGCGGGGGGAAGGGCCGCGAAAAACAUCCCAAUGUACCGAGCCCUCUCUCUUCUCCCUUCCCAACGACCAAUUAUAUUCGAGAUACUUUGUUCCUUUUGUCGACAUGGAUCAAACAUGGAACCUUCCGACCGCAAAAGCCCCGGAGAGAUUUUGUAUUCGACAGAAAUUGUCAAAUCGAAAAAAGAAAAUAAUAAGAUCCAAUUAAAAAACCUAGAGGGUUGGGAGAGAGUCUUGAGAAUAAGGACGAAAAUCGAAUGAAUAUUGAUUAGAGAAAAGAGGCAUGGAAAUGUUGAGGGCUAAGCGGUAUUUCCCAGCCGGGGGGGGGGGGGCCUAGACACUUUGUUUAUUGAACGAAAUAGUGAUUUUUUAAUUGUAAUAAACGAUAAACGAGAAUGAAAAAAACAAACAAAAAACAAAAAUGAAGUAAUACCGCGUGCAAAACAACUCUUCCAAAAAAAAAAAAGAAACACGGGGAAAGAUAAAAUGAUUCUAGUUAGUGUUUUUUAUGAUCUCUUUUCUUCUUAAAUACGGAUGAUACGACUAUUACUAUUGAUUACUGUUGAAAGAAAAAUGCUACACAAUCUGUGACCCGCUCCUGUUCUCUCCUCUCGCCCAUGACCUCCUCCCUUUCAACCUUGACACAGUUUCCUUCUCCAGUAUUUUUAUAUGUUUUUUGUCUGAAAAUAUGUACCCAUGCGCGAACCUUAGGGUCAGUACGAUAAUAAUUUUGUAAAGUCUCACUAUUACCAUAAACGAAGAAACAAUUGCAAACAACAGAAGUAAAAGAGAACAAAAUUUUAAUCGCUGCAACGCGAGAUAGUAACGAAUUUUUCCCAACCAAAAAUGGUUCAUCGUAAAAGUGAGCAAAUUUAUAUAAAUUAUUAUUGUGAUUGCGAGUUUAGGGUUGUCCAUAAUUUAUCAAAUUUUUUCAUUACUUUUUGGGCGUUAUUCGUGAGAAAAAUUCGAGAAUAAAUAAUAAACAAAUGAAUUUCAUGAAACGUCUAUUAGACUCGUGAGAAAAAGUUAUGCAUACAAAAAUUAUCUGUGAGGUUCGGCAUUUGAAACACUGAAUAUGUUGUUACGGGAGAGGAAAGUUCCAAUGAUUUGAUGAUCGAUGAGAUAACGAGACAAGAAAAAAAAAGUUUAAAUGAAUUGUAUAAAUAAACGUUAGUCAAUUAUAGUAUGAAAAAAAAUGAAAAACAAAAAAACAAACAACAAUAUUAAUCGUUUUUGUGUAACUAAUUAUUGAAUCGCAGCGAUGAUGAGAAUACGGAAAUACAAAAAAUUAUGUGUGGUGAAUUGAAUUAUGGGCAACCGAAAAGGCAAACCAGCGAAAAUAUUAAUAGUAAAAAUGAAUAAAAGAUUGAGAAAAGGAAAACAAAACAAACAACAAAAAUCCACGAACAAGAGGACUAACGAGAAAUUAAGGAAAAGAAAACAAUAAUCUGUCGUUUAGUACUGUACUGGCUUCCCGAUCCUACGACCUAGUUUUACCGAAAGUUUUAAAUGUUUAAUACCUUACCAUUUACAUUAAUGAUGACGAAGAUUAAUGCCAUACAUGUUCUGUGAUAAGUCCAAUGUAAUUACUGCAACUGUAUCUCUGAUUCCCAUCGAUUGUCGUCGAAAAAAAAGAAGAACGAAAACGAAAAAAAAAAACGAUACGAAAAGAAAAAAGGGCGAAGACCACCUUCUAACGAUCCCGUAGCCAGUGAAGUUAUUCAUUAAGAAGAAACUGAUUAAUUGACCGAUCGGUCCCAAAGCCAAUAAUCGACAUCUGCGAACGUUAUUCGAAGCUUUUCACUGUACAUAUCUUCUAUUUUGUAAGUACACGAAAAACCAAUGAGCAAGCGAUUGAACAUCGAAAAUUCUUUGACUUUUGUGUUAUCUUUUCUUUCUCGACCACGCAAUCGCUGUUGUCUCGUUUUCUUUUUUCGCGUAUAUGAUGAAGGAAUAAAAAAAAAAAAAUAAAAUAAAAUGAAAAUGAAAAUUCAAUCGACUACGGAUUGCGCGCUCUAAUCGAUCGAUCGAUCGAUGCUUCUAUUACACAUUGUGAUAAUACAAAUUAAAUACCGCUAGGUGACCUAACGUAUCAUCAUCGUCAUAAUUAGAAUAAUCGGCGAGACCCCCGAAGGAUUCUCAAGAUUCGAUGGGAUCGAAUAUCGUCUAGAUAGAAUUUUUCCACCUUUUUGUACAAGACCUCCUUCCGGGCCAUAGUUUGAUAAAGAUCAAAAAUAAUAAUGAAAAUCAAUUUGAGGCAGAAACGAACUUUCGGUGGAGCGCGUUGUUCGCCGUCCAAUUAUAUUGUAAUACGCUUCGUUCGAAGAAAUUUAUUUGUUACACGCUUAAACGAUUAAGAAAAAAAAAACAAAAAACAAAAAAUACCGAACUUUGGGACUGUCGGGCAAAUAAAGCCGUAAUUUUAUUUGUAAAAUCGGACGUUUUUUCUGAUGGCUAAUAUUAACCGAAUGACAGUUUUGUGAGCAUUCAUUCGAAAGAUAUAUAUAUAUAUAUAAAAAAACAUGGUUUAAACUGCAGCAAGAAUAUGUGAACGCAUGACUGGAUUAUUUGAUAAAAUAAGUACAAGUAAGACAAGUGUUACCUCAUCAUAAAAAAAAAACAAAAAACAAACAAAACGAAGAAGAAACUCAGUACGUUUGUGUCAAGGGCUACCACUGCAUCGCGGUGCGGUACACUUCCAUUGUAUGUUGCAUUUAACAAGAGGAACAUUUUUAAUCCCAUCUUUUUUUUGUUUGUUUUUCGUAACGAACGCGUCUAGUAGUGGUAGUUGCUGGUACAGAGUACUGCUCAUCGAUCCCAGCUCAUAUACAAAAGUUCAUUUUUCCAUUUAUUUUAAGUCAUUGCACCACAUCAAAUAAAUUACAUUUUCAUUACAUAA